AUGGAUGACAAUCCAUAUCGAAAUUUUGUUGAUCUUCUUCAAAGUCAACAAGAUAGUAGCUUAGGUUUAGACUCUUCUGGUAUUCCUCUAUUCGGCAGUGAAGCUAACGACGUUACAAACUUGGAAGAAGACACUCCUCUAGAGCGCAAGGAAAGAAGGACGUGGACGCCAUCGGAUGAUAUCGUGCUUAUCAGCUCGUGGUUAAACACGAGCAAAGAUCCCGUUGUUGGGAAUGAGCAACGGUCUGUUGCAUUCUGGAAACGAAUUGCAACAUACUUUUCGGCCAGUCCUAAGAUUGCUGCCUCUGAUAGAAGGGAAGCGGCUCAUUGUAAGAAACGUUGGCAUAGGAUCAACGACCAAGUAUGCAAGUUCUGUGGAGCCUAUGAAACUACAACCAGAGGCAAAAGUAGUGGGCAAAAUGAGAAUGAUAUUCUCAAACUCGCCCACGAAAUCUUCUUUAACAACCGUCAUAAGAAAUUCACUCUUGAACAUUGUUGGAAGGAACUGCGCAAUGACCAAAAGUGGUGUGAUCUUUCAACUUCAAAAACUGAAGGAAGCUUAAAAAGGAGGAAGUGUGAGGACGGUUCACACUCAGCAAGUUCUCAAGCAAAUUUAACCGAUACUGGUGAAGAUGAUCAUGUCACCAACCGGCCCCUGGGUGUGAAGGCUUCAAAAACUCGUGGUAAGAAGCCGCUUGUAGAAGGGAAAGAGGUGGCAGAGUUUGAGAGUAUGUGGAGCAUCAAGAAGCAGGAUCUGGCUUUCAAAGAAAGGCUGUCCAAGAUGAAACUACUUGAGAGUCUAUUUGCUAAAAAAGAUCCGCUUGCUGAGUAUGAAGAGGCUCUGAAGAAGAAGCUCAUAACUGAGUUGUUGUCUGAUUAG